AUUAGAGAGAGAGAGAGAGAGAGAGAUGGUAAAGCUAUGUGCAAUUCUAUUGCUAUGCUCAGUGGUCAUAGCCAUGCCUAUGGUUCGGGGCAUUGACGAAAGCCCACAAGCAGUGGCAAAGUGGUUUGAAAACCUCCCGAAGAUGGAGGAGAAGGUGACAAAGCUUCACUUCUAUUUCCAUGACCAAGUGAGCGGCAAAAACGCGACUGUUGUGAGGGUGGCCCAAGCCAACACUACCUUCCAAUCACCCAACGUGUUUGGGUUAGUUAUCGUGCUCGACGAUGCAUUGAAAACUGGACCGGAGCAUGACUCGAUGACAGUGGGCCGAGCCCAAGGGAUGUAUUUAUCAGCUGGGUUGAAGGAAGCAGUUGCGGUCAUGAACUUAGACUUUGUUUUCACCAGUGGAGAGUACAAUGGUAGCACUCUUAGUAUGUCGGGUCGAAACCCAGUCAAUGAUCUGUACCGUGAAAUGCCCAUAGUCGGAGGGUCUGGAGUUUUUCGGCUAGCUCGUGGAAUCGCCACUGCAAAGACGUAUUGGGUCAAUACCACUACCGCGGAUGCUAUCGUCGAGUAUAAUGUAAUUGUCCUUCAUUAUUAAGUGAUUUUUGGGGAUACAAAUAAGUGCUAUUAGUCAUGUGGACACAUUGUUCUUUUUACUGCUUCUAUCUUGACCUUAAUUGGUAAUUUAGGCGUCCUAACCUUUUCA